AAAGGAUACCAGGGAAGUGAUGGGGCUCGUGAUCUUCUCUGAGAGUCUUCUCUUGUGGCAGGGGUUCUUUCAGAGCGCGUUCGUGUAUGCUGUAUCACGGAGCGACCUAAAAGUAGCAGUGAGAAAAAUAAACCAAGAGCUCCUAUGGUAAUGUCGAGCAAUGGUCCAUAAUUAUUCCAACAUUAUGCGAUUGCAAAUCGAGACGGUGACGGAGACCGUCUUCUAGCGCCAGCAUCAAGUCGCAGUAGAACGAGAAAAAGAAUCACUGAAAAUAAAGACCGCAGCUAUUUUACACAUAAAAACAAGCUUGACGACUCGUUGCCGUUGGACGACCUCCACCAUCUACGAUGGGCAACGAGCUUUCCAACGGACCUUCGCAGUAUGGCGGCUCCGCAACCUCCGGUGUGGUCGAUGCAGUUUUGCAGUUUAACGACCUACGGGACUGGCUAAAUCCACAGGAUGAAGAUCUCCAAGUACCGCCUUAUCCCGUCGGAGGACGGACUGCCUCUUCGUCCUCAACCGCAGUGGGAGUCACCCCGACAAGUGCGACAGCUAGUAUCCCACCGAGCUUCACCGCCUACGUUUCUGUCGACAAUUCGCCCGAAGUGCCGCUCCACCGGGGUGCCGACCCUUUGUGGGUCAAGUUGACGCUGAGAAGCAUAGUGCAGAUACGCAUCGUUGCGACAAUAACGUCAGGUGGAUCUCCACAGAUGAUAACCCAGCAAAGGACCGUCGGAGUGUGCCAUGUGCCCGUUGCAAAAGUGGAGCAGCGGAGACUCGGUAUAAUGAAGAUGAACUAGAAUCGAUCCUAUUUUUUAUACAAUGAAAGUAGAAUCGAGCCAGCACCAGCUGCACACGACCUUUUGUCUUCAAGAGUAGAAGACCCUACAAAAUAUAUGAAGAACUCAAAGCAAUUCAACUGUCUCGCCCCUCGCCUUGAAAUCAAAAAAAAAGUCGAACUCCAAAGGUAUGGUUCUCUAUCACACCUGGCUUCUUCUCGAACAGCCGCAGGGAGUCCGUAGUACGAUCGAGGACCAAUUUGAAAACUCUCUCUACAACAUCGGUAAGUUCCUGCAGCAGCCCAAAAUCUGCAUCACCUUAGCUGCCAAGGAAGAGUACAGCUUGAUCGCGAAAAGUGGGGGAAUCUACCCGUUGCUUGAGGACGUGGAUCAUGGAGGUGGAACGAGCGAACUGGACAUGAUGAUCGCCAGCAGUGGAGCUUCUAGCGGAGCAACUGGGACGAGCUCCUUCUACGGUGGGGCUGGCGGUGGAACAAGUAUGACGACACCUGCAACCUCUUUGACGUCGUUGACGGCGAAAAAAGCCCGUCGCUACCACUCCGUCCUCCACUCCCACUUUCAGCACCUCCAGCUCUGUCAGGGCUAUUACCAGAAAUACCUGUCCGAGCGCAAAGCGAAUUAUAGUGCUAAGGCCGCGGGCGGGAGGGGGUCUUUUGCCAACGAGUAUGAUAGCCAACUACCUGGUGGAGUACCAAGUGGCGUGGCCGCUGCAACAGCGGAGGCCAGCGCGCUGUUGGACCAGAUGAUAUGUAUAAUUUUUUUCUCGAAAGGAAAAUAAAGAAACAUGAUGCGCGUACUUACAUAGGUCGUUGUCCUGCAUGGCAAAAAUACCGCUUUUCUUUGCGUCAAGUUACAGUGUUCUUGUGCUCGACUUCUACUAGCAGCGGAACUUCUGGUGCGCGACGACUUGUCACGUAGCUUGUUGUACCCUAUCAAAUCUACAGGGCAGCAGCAGCAGCAGCAAGGCAGUCAGCCAACAGCGACCACCACAACGGCCACCGCGAACUCAAGCAAGGAACGGGAAAUGUUGAUAUGCAAUUAUGAUUAUGAAGUGCCACCACGUACAAAAGUCUUUCUGUAUCUGUACUACCACCGACCCCGAGGUUGUUGCUGCAUGACGUCAAAACCAAAGAAGGGGAACACAACUGCAAACUGGCGCACGUCGUCAAGUAGAUUUGGUUGUACAUUCUCUCCAAUAGCGGUAGCAAGGUACAUCCUGCACCAGAAUUGGGAACAAUGGGUCAGCGGACGACCUGGGGGACCACAUCAAGAUGAGAGUAAGUCGUGGUACUCUGGAUGUUUCCAUUCUAUACUUGUUGGGCCAACAGCAAUCCUAUGAGCAGCAACUUGCGCAGCUGCGCACGACCGUCAGCGAACUCGGAGAGCAGAAACACACCCUGGCACUAGAGCACGACAAGAAAAAAUCUGAGUUGUUGGCCGAGAUACACACGUUGCGGACUAGUGUGGCUCAGCUGCAGGAGGUCGUUAACGAAAAAUCUUCGUCUGACGCCGCCAAAAACGGGGGCGGCGCGACGCAGAUUAUUAACGGACGCGCUAGCACUUCUACGGGCGGGUCCAAUGCGGAGCAAGCACAGAACGCGUUGGAUCCGCAGCGACAGCAAGAAACUAUUAAUCGCCUGCAGCAAGAGACCAGAAACAUCACACGACAAGCCACUAUUCGCCGUGAACAAGAAUUGGCUACUUUCCUUGUUCAACUCGUGCUCUCAUGUCAACUUCAUCUGGUGCCUCGUCUCUGCCUCCGGUUCUUAGUUGAAAUCAGUUUUUUUAUGCGUGUAUAAUGGACACGUCGCAUUGUGCCUGUGCGGUAACAAAGAAAGUAGUGCAACUUCAGUUUUUGUCACGCAUUCGCGACGAGCGUAUCGACAAAGCGAACGAUACUAUCCGGCUGCUGCGGUCCCAGGCGAAGGGGUUGCAGGAAAAGGUAAAGUUACAAGCAGCCGAAAUUGCGACGUUGAAAGGCGGUGGAACAGGUGCGGCAACUUUGACUACACCAUCGGGUAUGUUCAUUUUUCUGCGAGUGGUAGGUCUAGUAGGGUGGCGCUGGCGUCGUGGUUCGUCGAGGUGAUGUCGUCGUGUGGCUAGGAGAAAGCAAAAAAUUACGAAUACAAUUACUCAUCCUCUCUGACUCUGUCUUCUACGUCGACAAGUUUAGGUUUUCUUCAACUUGAACCCAGAAGUACAUACUAAUUUUGUCUGCGGCUGAGAAAUUCAAAAAUUCACUUUUGCGACGCCGUGGAGCCACUUGUGUCUCUGUCAGCUCGCAUAUAGCGUCACGCCUUCUGUCUUUUCGUGUGAUCAAUUAGGAGAGGCGCUGAAACAUUAGCGCCAGAUCGUAACGCGGCGCGCAAUACACCCUGAAAGCAUGGCCGCUUUUGGCGGUGUUUGACAUGCUCCCCAGGUCCACCAAAAGUGGCCAGCGCAAAGCCAGCCGGGGCUCAGGGGAGGGGUCCAAGGGGGGCACCCCUGCCGGAGCCGCAGAAGAAUUUGCGCAAAUCGUCAAACGCCAUUGGUAAUUGCCGAUUUCGGGCCUUGCGCAAAUUCUUCUGCGGCCCCACCCUCCGACCCCCCCGGGGACCCCGUCUCGCACCGGACUGUUCUGCCGGAGUCCCACAACUGGGCCACCCGAAGUACGGGGAGCCGGGCGGGCCGGGGUAGGAAGGUAGAAACGCGAGAACCGGACCACGGCCAGCUACCGCGGGCGAGGUGCUUUCCGCUGGCGGCGUCCCUGCUCAGCACCACUGCAACCUCCGAGGCCACCGGGACUGGGACAGCCCAGCCUACUUUGCCGCUACGCCCAAAAAUAAAAUUUUUGAAUUUUUCAGCCGCAGACAAAAUUCACGUUGGUAGUACAAGGACGCGAUUCAUUUCAUUUGAUCUCCUGAACAAGAUAAGUGGAAACAAAAAUUUCACAGCCAGCGCGACGAAUCUCCAAUUGGCCGAGGAAAAUCGGAAACUCCAGGAGGUUUUGGCGCAGGAGCGAACGUAUGAACUGCAAAAUUAUCGUACUAGUAUAUAUAAAUUGCAUUACAAAUUGGCUUAGCAUUGCAAAUGUAAUUUGUGAUGCGGAUUUCCCUUGAUUACUAGAUUUGUAAUGCAUGACUGCGAUUAGUACGAGUGCGAUACUUUUGCACAGGAUAGAACGAAAAAAGAGGAACUGAUGACGAUCGUUUCUUCACUGUAUUCCGAAGUACAGCCCGCACUUAACCCGGUCAUGUCCACAACCAGCUCGACCGGUGAUAUCCAGCUGAAUUUUUUUUGCAAAAAAUAAUAGAUACGUCUGGGCCUUCUGGAAAUUCAAAUAAAGCUGUUGACUUAGUUCUUACUGCCGAAAACUAAAUAAACGUGAAAAGUUUGUCAACAAGUGCAAGAAGCAUGAGGCGAAGCGCGAUCAUUAUGCCGUUGCAACCUGCAGAAAUAUUACAUUUGGCCUUUUCAUCUUCCAGACAACUCAGAUACGAUACAAAAAAGUAUUUGCAAUCCGGAUAACUGGCGAGCAGGCGCAAUUUGAGAAGAUGUUGCCGUCUCCAGCCGAAAUGGCCAGAUCAAUUGCAGGGGUGGCCGCGACCUAGCGAUCUGAAGCUGAACCAGAAUCGCCACUACAGCGGACAAUGAUUUUUUUGGAGGGGAGGAUUCAAUUGGAAUUGCGCUCAUCAGGAUUUCCUAUCCAGGUAGCUGCAUCGACGCAACUACGUUCGUUGAAAGGAGCCUCGUGGGGGUCGUGGUCCCGCCACUGAUGUUACUGUACUAGGGCUCGUGAUAGACCAGGAAAUGGAAAAGGAAAACCCAAUUUAAACUCACCUUGUAUGAUGAUGUCAAAAAAAAACCACACACCUAAACUUCUAUACGCUUAGAACUACGCAACUGUAUCGUGUUUUUCUUCGCUUCAUUUUUUAGCCUUGGAUUAACGCCUUGCUUUAUUCUUCCCUGACUCUGUAAGAUGGUGAUAAAGGUAGUACCGAGAACAUCAUAUGCCAUCAAACCUUGUACUAUCUUUCUAAAACUAAAAAAUCUAUGGUCUUCUUCUGUGUGCCGCCUCUUGCGGUUGUACAACAGAUGCAAAAGCGAAAUGUACCUCAUACUCAUGUACAAAACGCAAUUUGAUGAACUUUCUAAGGCUAAGGAGCAUAUGUAAGCACAAAAAGUGCUGAUAAACCGGCUGAGUCAGGCGGAGGCACUAUUUGACAGUGAGAACUUCCCAGCGCU